AUGAAUCGGUCAGUGGAGGAGGAUAGGAAGAAGCGGGAGGAGGAGCAUGAGGAAGAUGGGAGCACCGAUAGUGGCGGUGACUACACUUCGGAAGAUGAGGGGACGGAGGAUUACAGGCGGGGAGGUUACCACGCUGUCCGCAUCGGCGAUUCCUUCAAGAAUGGCCGCUACGUCGUUCAAAGCAAGCUCGGUUGGGGUCACUUUUCCACUGUCUGGCUCGCCUGGGACACAGUUCAUUCCCUAUAUGUAGCUCUAAAAGUGCAAAAAAGUGCUCAGCACUAUACCGAGGCAGCCAUGGAUGAGAUAACGAUCUUGCAACAGAUUGCAGAGGGAGACCCAGAUGAUAAGAAAUGUGUAGUGAAGCUUCUAGAUCAUUUUAAGCAUUCAGGUCCCAAUGGACAGCAUGUUUGUAUGGUUUUUGAGUACUUGGGGGAUAAUCUUUUGACACUUGUCAAGUUUACUGAUUACCGGGGAAUGCCUCUUCAUCUGGUUAAGGAGAUUUGCGUUCACAUCUUGGUGGGUUUAGAUUAUUUGCACAGACAGCUUUCUAUCAUACACACAGAUCUGAAGCCAGAGAAUAUAUUAUUAUUGUCUACGAUAGACCCGUCUAAGGAUCCCAAAAAGUCAGGCAUUCCUCUCAUUCUUCCAAAUAGCAAGGAUAUGACGCUGUUGGAGUCAAAGACACUGAAUGGGGAUUUGACUCGGAACCACAAGAAAAAUAUUCGAAGAAAGGCAAAACAGGCAGCUCAGGGAUGUGUGGAGAAAGAUGUUUGUGUGGAAGCUGAGGAAGAUCCUGAAUCAUCUUCUGCUGCAGGUUCGGCUCUGAAUGUGAAACUAAAUGUAGCCUCUGUUAAAGAUGAGCCCUCUAGCUCUGUGAAUAAAAAUAGAAAAUCUCAUGCUGAUGGAACAAAGGAUACUGAACCAGAUCGCAGCAAGGGUAGUCGCUCGAGAAGGAAGAAGCUUUUAGCAUCAGUUGAUCUUAAGUGCAAACUGGUUGACUUUGGGAAUGCAUGCUGGACGUACAAGCAGUUCACGAAUGAUAUUCAGACGAGACAAUACAGAUGUCCAGAGGUGAUACUUGGAUCAAAAUACUCGACAUCAGCUGACAUGUGGUCCUUCGCCUGUCUUUGUUUUGAGCUUGCAACUGGUGAUGUUCUCUUUGAUCCACAUAGCGGUGACAACUUUGAUAGGGAUGAGGAUCACUUAGCAUUGAUGAUGGAGCUUCUUGGAAUGAUGCCACGUAAGAUUGCUUUAGGUGGUCGCUACUCCCGUGAACUUUUUAACCGAUAUGGUGACUUGAGACAUAUCCGUCGGUUGCGUUUCUGGCCCUUGAAUAAGGUUCUCACAGAGAAGUAUGAAUUCAGUGAAAAGGAUGCAAAUGACAUGAUGGACUUCCUUGUUCCCAUUCUUGACUUUGUCCCAGAGAAGCGGCCAACAGCAGCUCAUUGCCUUCUUCAUCCAUGGAUCAAUGCAGGCCCUCGCCUUUUAGAGCCAUCUAUGCCUUCUAAAGAAGACCAGACUUUGGACUCGGAGAAAAAGAAAAGUGACAAGGAUGAGAGGGAGGCAAUGGAGGUUGGAAUGGGGAAUAUUGCUAUCAAUGCAGAUUGUAAGACAGUCAAAGAUCACCCUUCCAGUAGUAAAUUCUCCAAGUAGUUCAUUGAGGUUGGACAUCAGCCUACAUGACUUUAAGCAACUCUAUAUUCGAUGUUUUCCUGCGACAGCUGAGAGUCUGAGAUUCUUUCAAAGCAUGAUUUUUCCCCCCUGACGAUUUGGAUUCAAUGCUUAUUUUGUGGAUGUGAAUGGGAUUGGAUGUCUAAGAUAUGGUAAUGCUGCUGGUUAGGUUUGACAGGAAUCACAACCGCACACAAAUAUUGGUUGUAUACACAUCCCACCAAUAUAAAACUGGUGGAAUGAGACCCUUAUUUACAAACUAUUUAAGCAUUUAUUGUUUGUUCCAUUUACGUACGUGUUUUCUAUCCUUCAUUGCUGUUGGAUACAGAAACUACUUAUUGAUAUACCAGAAUCACAUUUAUUUCU